UGAGACAGCAUGGCUCAUACACCCUGAUAAACUCAGCUGCCGAGGAGGUUAGGCUACUGUUGUGGACCAUAUCUGACCACUGAAUCUUGAAUACGAUAAAACCUUUCGUCCAGAAAGGUAGUUUGGUUUCCUAAUCCUAAUCUGAAGACAGCGCUUCAGGACAGCGUCUACAUAAAUUCAGUUUAUAAACGUCAAGGUCUGACCAUACAAACAGAGCGCAGGUCUUCAUUCACAGGUUGGAGAAUGAGGUGCCAGUGGACAUACGCUGUUGUUUUCAUUCACUCAAACUAACUACACUGACCAACCGCGCUGAACAUCUGACGGGUUUUGGAAUGAGAAGUGAACAUUCAAAGGACCUGUAAUUUGUCUAAUUGUUUUCUCUCCUCGUGGAAAAGUAAGUCGAUAAAUCGCAAGAAAGGAUGUGCUUGAGAUGAACGCUUUAUCAGCCUGGACUAUUGACAGUUGGCGAGCGCAUUAAACCGGAAUCUUAGCGUUACUUCUAAUUAUGUACAUGUAACUGUGACUCUUUGAAUGACUUUGUCAUUCCUUGCACUGCGGUCGUAUAGAUCUGUCUUCAUCUUUUGUACAGUAAAAGAAACAUAAUUUAAAGAGAACAGAUUCCGCGCGUGGGAUAUUCAAGGAAAAUCUGACGGGUCGCGCACUUCAUCACCGGAACGCUGUAUCGAAGGAGACUGCUAUUGAAACUUUCAGAAAUGCCGCAGGUGGAGAUGUUUUAUUUUGUGUUGAUCAGCCUGUGGAUGUCUGUGUUGGGCCUGGAACCGGCGUCUAAGGUUGUGGCGGAUCGCUACGCUGUCUUCUGGAACCGAACAAACCCAAGGUUCUACCGAGGAGACUACCACAUUGAUGUAUGCAUUAACGAUUAUUUGGAUGUAUACUGUCCCCACUACAUUGACACGGUCCCUGAGGAGAGAAUGGAGAGCUACGUCCUCUACAUGGUCAACUACGACGGCUACAGCUCUUGCGACCACACGGCAAAAGGUUUCAAGCGUUGGGAGUGCAACCGGCCUCACUCACCCAACGGGCCGCUGAAGUUCUCUGAGAAGUUUCAGCUUUUCACACCAUUCUCACUAGGAUUUGAAUUUCGGCCAGGCAGAGAAUAUUACUAUAUCUCAUCUACAGUCAGUGAAAAUGGGAGACGGAGCUGCUUGAGGCUGAAAGUUUUCGUCAGACCUUCAAACAACUGCGAGAAGAGUCACGACCGCGUUGUAAAGGUCAAUGAUGGAAGCAUUAACUCUAUAGAAGAUAAUAAUGAUGGAACGAGUCACGAAUCUGCCGAACCAUCCCGAGGUGAUGUCAAUGGCGCCGGAUGCAUUCAGACUAUAGGGCCCUUGUUGGCCUCAGCGCUGGUUCUUUUGGCUUCCCUCUCCUCCUUAUAGCAUCUCACGCAUAAGUGGUGACACACCUGAAAUACACAGGAGGACUCAUGAUCGAGCACUUUUAAGAAACAUUGAGAUCUUUCUCUCCACUGAAAAGUAGUUUCUCGCACAGGAAGAUGUUCAUCCAUUGGCGAUAUAACUGGAUGGUUUUCAAUGAACAAAAGCCCCACCCCUCAAAAAAAAAAAACCCUCUGUUAUACACAGAAAAAAAACACUAAACUAUGACACGUGCACUAAAAUAGGUCCGUGUCCUUUCAGUGCCCCUAUGUGACAUUGGAGAGGGACUUGUAAUUGGGGGCAGAGGAAGAAAAUGACUCUUUUACACAAUGAUCGCUUUCAGUGUUGCCAUCCAGAAAAGAGAAGUCAGAACAACAGAGCAAGAGGACUGUCUGAGGGAUCUCUCCACGUGCAUUGUGGGAAAACGUCGUCACUGUGGACUCAACUGCUGACUCUACUAGAUAUCGAGGCAAAUUGAUGCCUGAUAGCAUCCCUUAUAAAGAGGGAGCUUUUUAAUAUCCCAACCGGAGUAGUCCGCGUGGACUCAGGUGCUCAGGUGAACGGUGACCAUUUUUGAAGCGUUUUUGUAGAUAAAAGAAAAAGAUAAGCACUCAUUUUGUACAUUGUGUACAGGUGUACAUGGGACUGAAACACAAAUGCGGUGUUCUUGAAGUGUAGCUGCCAAAAUCAAUGUUUUGUUAGGAGUACGGAGCCUCACUGAUCGAUCGUUUGAGUGAAUAUACUGAUUUGUUUGGUGAAUCAUCCUUUUCUUAUUUAUUGUUCAGUCUUAGUGCUCUUGACACUUUGUUGUACUAGUCAUCAGCCAGGAUUCAGGAGAAACGAACACAAAAUGCCUAGCUGCAGUCAACAUAUCUUGAUUUAAACAAAUAACAACUGCAUUGCAGAAAAACUUGGGUUAAUAGUUUAGCAAGUCAAUCCUUGAAAUGAUAUCAGGGGAAAAAACAGUAGUACGUCUCCAUAUCAUGUCCAUCAGGGUUCGCGUUGCUCCUUAAAAGGGUCCAUUAUCAUGGAGAAGAGGGAGGAAAUGGUUUGCAUUCAUUUUGUAAAUGCUUCCUGUCUUUUUACCCUAGAGUAAUACAACAUUAACAUUUUAAUUCGGUCAACAAAAUGAGCUCAUACCUUACCAAUUGAAUUUAUUUUUUUUCUAAGCAUGAAGUAAAAGUAAUUAAAAUACUUUCUUAAAUCCUUAAAACGGAUUUGCAUGGACAUUUCUUUUGUCAAAGUGCAUUUCAACCAUGCCGUUUUUAUUUAUUAUUUUUUUUUAGGAGCUGUGCGCAUUAAACGCUCAUCUGGGAUCUACUGAAACAGUAGCGGAGCACUGCUUCCACCCCGGUGGCAGCUGACACCCUAACAUGAUUUAAUAGGCUCUUUGAUGUUGUCCAAAGUGCCUGGCACGCAGACCACAUACUGCGAGGCCUCAUGUGGGUUAUUUCUGGAAUUAAAAAAUCGACAGCAGCACGGGAGGAGCGUGGUGUCCAGUUUAGCUGUGGGCUAGCGAUACUCUGGUGAACUUGGCCAGAGAUGGAGAAAGAUGAGAUCUCCUGCUGGGAUCAAUAGCAAUGGCCUUUACAGACACAAAACAGGGUAAAUAUAUGCCCCAGUCCUGGUUUUACUUUCUUGAACAGUUUUCAUGCUUUUCAUUCGCAUCUACUUAUCGAUAGUUUGUAACCAACAUUAAAAUAGCUUUUGACUAUAUUACAAUAUGUGGUUAUGUUGGCUAGCCACUAUGGUUCUUUUAAAAUGAUAACAGAAGCACAUGGAUGCUAUGUAUCCGUACGUUGUUUAGUCACUGGAACCACUGGUACAAUAGAAAUAAGAGAUAAAUUAGGAAUUAAAAAUAAUCCAGUCCUAAUAUCAGAUACGCUUGUUAAUUUUUUUAUUUUAUUUUUCUGGAGAUAAAUGCAUUUGCAGACAGAAUGCUUCUUAAAUGUGAUAUUUCAUUUUGAGUAACAUUGAAAUGGUUCAAUAUUUAUAAAGACAACUAGGAAUGUGUGCUGGUCCAUCCUUAAAAGCACCACUGUACUAUCAUUGCUAAAUCCUAACCCAUCUACAUCUUUUUUAAAUCUCCUGUGGAAUAUUUUAAAGUCUGUAAUGUUCUGUUGUUGCAUCACGUCCGUUUAUUGUCAUGGGGACAAACCUAGUAGGACAGUUUUAGUAGGUUUAAUUCAGGAAACAUUAUUUUUGUAAAACGACUGCAGUGUCUGUUUUUGUCCAUGUGCAAAACUCCCAUUUGUUGAGAAUUCAAGGUCAAAGGAAUGAGGUCUCAUUGAACCUGGGUUUUUCACCACAAGGCAGUUGUGUUCCUGUAUUCUCUCAUCGUCUUUGUCCCAGAGAAUAUAUCUUCAGUGUUAGUCAUAAUUUCUUCCUUCUUUCCACACAUCUGCUUCUUCAUACAGCUGUGAAGACCAUUGGUAUCUAAACCACCAUUUCCCUUAGCUUCUUGGCUGUGUUGCCUGAAUAUUAAACAUUUGCUGUGACGUCUCUGACGGUACAGCGCUGACUUGCAUUAUGAUAUGACACGUUUUUAUAUCUUCAGAUGCCAUUGUUUGUAAAUACACUUGCUGGAGCAGAUUAAAUAAAUUUGUCAUUGUUGUAAGAAACAUCUUCUUCUGUCUUU